ACUGUAAAACCCUUUUAUGUUACACCAAUUAAUAGCUUAAAGUUAGGUAUUGCUUCUGUUUCAAAUUUGUCAAAUAACUUUUUAAUAUGCGAUGUAAAUAAGUUUGGUUUAAAAAAAUACAUGUUACUUAAUACCAAUGAUAGUAAAACUAAUAAUAAUACAAUUGCUUUUCCUAUAUUACAUUUUUAAUAAAAAUAAUUUUAAUUAUUUUAUGUAUGUAAAAAUUUUUUUAUUGUAAUAUUUGUUUAUUGUUAUUAUUAUAUUGUAUAAUUAAAUUGAACAGUUGCUGUAUAUAAUGGAAUAUUCUGUUGUUCAUUUUAUUGAUGAGAAUACUGUAGAAGGUGUUCCUAAGAGCUGGGUUACGGAAAAUGGGACAUGUGCUUGGCCAUGUAAUCAAAACAAUGCCCGUAAAAUGAUCGAGCAUAAAUAUAAACCGAAUAAACAAGAAUUUAAAUUUUAUAAAAUAAGAGAAUUAUGUUCAAACAUAAAAACUUUAGCAGAAGCUCGGUUCAAAGCUAAACGUGCUGAGCUAACUUCUGACCUGUCAGAUGACGAUAUCAAGAUUAAAAAACGGCCUGUAUCUGCAAAAUGUCCUGUAUUUUCAGAUUCUGAUGAACAAGAAAUUAUGGCUAUACCAGUAGUACAUGAAAGUAAAAACGGAAAAAAACAAGAUUCUGAUGACAAUGAAAUCAUGGCUAUAUCAGUACAUAAAAGAAAAAACAAAAAUAUUCUAGAAACAAAGAUGACAAAAAUUGUCAAACAUCAUUUAGAAGAAUUUGAAAAACCCAUUAAUGAUGUUCCAGAUUUUAAGUCAAGCAGUAAUAUAGCAUCUGAACAUAAAUUGAAAAAUCUGAAAUAUAAUCAAGAGGUAUUUCAGGGUUUCAAGGUAGAUAAGUUUAAAAAGCCUGGAUGGUCACCUUCGCCAAAUAAAAUACAAUGUAUACUUUCUCCAAAAGAUAGUGAACAAUGGUCACCUUUUAAAAAUAAUUCAGAUCAACUUGUACUGAAGAAUACAACUACUCAAAGCAGUUUUAAAAAAAUUAAUCCUGACUACAAUGAUGCUACUGAGAAUUUAACUUUUAAAAGAAAGCUUUCUUACGAAAGUAGUUCAAAGUCAAAUAGCUUAUUGUUUCUGGACAAUAUUUCUGAUAAUUCUGAGAGUAAAAAACCAAAAUCUCCUUCAGUUGGUGCUGAAUGUACUGAUAGUGAAUUCAAAAAACAGAUCUUACGUCAUAUAAUGUAUUUUAAAGUUGAGCUGCAACAUAUACUAUCCAAUCAAAAUGAAAAUUCUGAAAGAUUGCUGUCAAUUGAAAAUCUAUUGGAAGGAAAAUCUAAAAAUUAUAUGACUAACUUAGAGACUAUUUGCAUGUUAGAUUGUCCUUUGCCAAUAGACAGUGAAAUAGACUUAAACACAUUAGAAGACAAAGCCUUAGGAGAUUUGGAGUUUAAAAAUAAUUUGAUACACGAGUUAUCCUGUGUGGGUGGGAAAAAUUUGAAAUCAGCUGUUAAAAGAAUUAUGUCUAAACUAUUUACUAAUAGUUUUCUCUCACAAUAUUCAUUUUCCGGGAAGAAGGGGAAAAAGAAAUUUUGUGAUUUAUUUAUUCUUCCUAUAAUUUUAAAAUCUAUAAAGAAACAACUGAAAUUUAAGAACACUAGUGAUCACGAAAUUGAAGAACCAAUCAAAUUAUAUUUAGCUCAAGCACCAUUUGCUAAUGCAAAUAAAAAAUAAUUAUUAUUUUAUUAUAUGUUGUAUUAUUUGUUAAAAUAAAUGAUAUAACAAUAAAUUGUUUUCAUUUUUCAA